AUGAACAUUUGGAUGCGCCUUCCCCGUCAUCCGAAUAUCGUGCCAUUUGAUCGGGUUGUCACUGACGAGCUUGAGGGUCUCGUCGUUGGAUUUACUAACAACUACAUAUCUGGAGGUUCCUUAGAAGAGAAUAAGUCGCGGGUAUUCAAGCUAAAGUGGCUUCAACAGCUCGCAGAUCUCGCUGACGAUUCAAACCUUCGCUUCGGCAUCUCACAUCAAGAUAUUGCCCCCAGAAACCUCGUUAUCGACGACUCAACGGACUGCAUCAUGCUGUUUGAUUUCAAUUUUGCAGCCCGCAUCAAUUGCUCAUCACGACUAGAAGACGAAGCUUAUAUCGAAGAAAGAAACGACGUCAAGGGGGUCGAGUUCACCACGUGCGAGAUCAUUACUCGUGACGACAGUCUUCGACGAGUACCACGCGACGACCAGCACGAAGAAAAUCUGCCUCGGGGUUGGGUGAAACAUGCAAAUGUUAAACUGGACCAUCCAGUUGCAGACUAUCAGUUGUUAUUGCAAGAUGGGAGGGCGCGCAGACUUUCCACAGACAAGCUGACGGGCUUGGGAACGAGUCACCCGAGCUCAUUAAUUGGACUGCGAGGCCCAAGCCGCCGAAACCACAUGGAACGUGCUGGAUUCUAA